CCAUUGUGCCCUGUACUGCAGAUAUCCUCAGUUUGUGCUGACAUCUAAUACCUGUUACGAGUGUAAAUCAGUAUAGAAGGAGUUUCCUGCAGCUCCCCUUCGAGUUAUUCUCCAAUAACACAUAGCACACCAGAUGGGUAGGCAUGCAGAUGAAUAAGUCAAUAUAGGUUAGGAGACACCACGUACAAGAUGUUAUCACCUUUCCUAGCUGCAUUAUUUCUUUUCUGUGCUAUCCGGUGGUCGCUGGCGUUGAGCUGCUAUGACUGUGUGUACAUGGAACACCCAACUUAUACUGUGUCUCCUGACUGCAUCGAUGAUUUCCAGCAAAACAGCGAUUACAAGCGCCACUGUACAAAUGUAGAUCCAGUUUGCUCGAUAAAACGAAUUCUUAACGAUGACGGUUCACAUUAUAGUAUAACAAGGAUGUGUAUCAAUAGAAAUAAGUGCACCACGGGGUGCGUGACGGACUUUGACAAUAGGGAAGUGUGCAACUCAUGUUGCGAUGAAGAGGAUUACUGCAAUGGUGGAAUCGUCGGCAAGGCAACCACCGAAAAACCUCGGACGUCAACUGAGACGGAAUCAAAUUGUUCAGGGCACGACUGCACUUCUGAUGCUAGUGGUUUGACUAUCACCAACUACCUUAUAGUAGCUGUUCUUGUCUUCCGCGUCGUGACAUGUUAUAAUGAUGGCGGAAUGAGGAAAUUGAAUUGUCUGAGGAGAAAAAUGGGCAAUAUUUAG